AUGGCAUCUACUCGAGUUGCCAACUCAAGUUUUAGGGCGGUUCGAGCUGCCUCAAUCCGCCCAGCAGCUGCAUGGAGACAGCAAUGUCUAUACCACUCGUACGACUACGCCCAACCGCCACCGUUCCCUCCUGCUGAAGCCGCGAUUCUGUCCGCCGCAUAUUCACACGUACCGAACCAUGGUUUUACAAUAGACACACUGAAGCUCGGUGCUCGCGAUACCGGAUAUCUGGACGUCUCCACGAACCUACUACCACGCGGGGUGUUCGAUUUGAUCAACUAUCACCUCGUCACACAGCGACUGGCGUUACAGAACAGUGUGCAGUUCCCGGAUGACGGCGCAGCUACAAAGAAGAUGGGUGUGGGGGCUAAGGUUAGGACGUUGACACUGGCGCGGUUACGGGCGAAUAAGCCUGUUAUACAUCGAUGGCAGGAGGCGCUUGCAAUCAUGGCUCAGCCGACAUACGUUGCCCCAUCCGUCGCCGAAUUAGCAAAACUCGCAGACGAGAUAUGGUUUCUUUCAGGCGACCAAAGUGUCGAUAGCAGCUGGUACACAAAACGGGCAACACUAUCCGCGAUAUACUCCUCUACUGAGGUUUUCAUGACGCAAGACAAGUCGGCAAAUUUUGUCGAGACAGAACAGUUCCUGGACAAUAGGCUAGAGGACCUGACGAAAAUUGGUGGCUUUUUGGGAGGCCUGGGUGAAUGGUUGAAUUAUACAGGUCAUUCUGCCAUUAAUGUGCUCAGGAGUAAGGGCGCACGCAUUUGA